AUGACACAUGAUAAUAUAUUAAUGUCAUCAAAUCAACAAGAUAAUCUGGAAAAUGAUCAAACGUUACAAUAUUUUACUGCUAUUCGACUUCAAGAACCUGAAACAUCAGUAGCUAUAACAGCUAUUCGUACAUUAAUCGAUGUUAUAAAUCGUUCAUCAGCUGGUACAAUGAGUGAAUUAUCACAUGAACUUAAAUCAGCUGUACAAUUAUUAACAACACAAACUGAUUCUUCAAUGCCAAGUGUUAAAUCAGGUUGUGAAUUAUUUUUACGUUUUAUAACAUUAGCUAAAUUUGAUACAUUUGCUAUUGAUGAAUGUCGUCAAAAAUUAAUUGAACGUGGUAAAGUUUUUUUAGAUCGUGCAUUAUCAUCAAGACAACGUAUUUCUGAAUAUAGUCAAGAAUUUAUUGUUGAUGGUAGUAUUAUAUUAACACAUUCCUAUUCACGUGUUGUUCUUGCUUUACUUGCAUAUGCAUCAAAAUUUACACGUUUUAAAGUAUUUGUUACGGAAUCACAACCCGAUAAAAGUGAUGCUAGUGUUGCAUAUAUUAUGGAAAAAGUUACAUUUGUUUUAAUGGGUGCUGAAGCUGUUGUUGAAAGUGGUGGUAUUAUUAAUAAAAUUGGUACAUUUAAUAUAGCUAUAGCAGCACAUGAAAUGAAUAAACCAUUUUAUGUUGCAUCAGAAUCAUUUAAAUUUGUUCGUUAUUAUCCAUUAAAUAAUCGUGAUUUACCUGAUCAUUUUAAAUAUAAAGCAUCAACAAUAGCACGUUUAAGUGAAAAAAAUCUUGAAAUGGAACAUCCACUUGUUGAUUAUACACCACCAGCUUAUAUUACAUUAUUGUUUACAGAUAUUGGAACAUUAACACCAUCAGCAGUUAGUGAUGAAUUAAUUAAACUUUACAUCUAA